GCCCAAAAAAAAUGUUUUAUUUAAAAAAAAAUAAUACUGAUCAGUACAAAUGCAGAGUUAUCAAAAUAUACUAGAGAAAAAAAGUGCACUAAUCAGCCUGGCACCUACACAUAAGAAAAAUAAAGUUAAUGUUCUGGAAUGGUCAAAUCUAAGUUUUCUGAUCUUAUUAUCAGUUGGGGCCUCAAACGUGCAAUUCAGACAAGACAACCCACAAAGAUAUUACAGGAAACCGUCCAUUUUCCAGGAAAGCUGCUUUGCUAUCUUGAGAAAAUAACCUUAUCCACUACCAUAAAAGACUUCAAGUUGUCUGACAAGAGUAUGCAAACUUUUGGUCAGGCUCAUUGGGAAGUUUAGGCUGUUGUUUUGACGUAAAAACAGAAAACAUGAUUGAAAAUUGUUUCAACCAAUCAAUUCCUAGUGAAAGAAACGGUUUUGCAUCGUGUUCUUUGAAAAUUGCCCUAAAAACUAAUUCUGGUUGCCUAAAGCCUCUGUAAAGCAGUAGGUUGUUGCAUAUGUUCCUUGUGGUCCUGAUGUUGUUCUCCCGGAGACGAGACUGACUAUGAACCAUCUUUGACUGCGAUAGGCUAAUUUCGACAGCUGUGCUGGUCCGAGCACAGUGUUCGCACCAAAUUUAGGCUACAUGGUAAAUUGUCCCAUACAAGUAGCCAGUAAAACGUCCAUUCGGAUACUCUUUGUUUUCCUGUGCUCGCCCACAUCGGUGGCUUGUAACGGUAACCUUGACAACUACUGAAGUGACGUCGACUGUCCUCUAAAACCAUUAAGUAUGAUGAUGAUAACCGUUUGAAAUUUUGUCUGGAGAAAUGAGUCGUGAGGCUGGCUGUGUUCCCCUUCCGUAGCCCGCAACAUUGUUGCAGCGGUGGUGUAGCAUGUUACAUUCUCGUCAUUGUUGCAUCAUUGAGUGUUCUGAAAAAGAAAAAAGAAAAAAAUCGGCUUCCACACGUUUCGCCCUCCAUCCCAGAAGCGACGCAAGCCACCAGACCAGACACCUGUUUAUGACUUGGAGAAGGAGCGGAUAGUUCUCCACUCGGGUUGUCCCGGCCCAGAUGUGUGCUAGCCAAGUAGCGGGACAACAGCUACCCAGAUGUCGCUUAAUAAUAUUGUGCAUUGUCCUGUGGUUUAGAUAGUUCACACAAUGCCUAGGAAUGGACUGCCCCUCUACAUCCUCCCCUAGCGUGGGCAGGCAUCCCAGGCAGAAAAAGGAGAGGGACAGUUUUUGCGAGUGCCAGUUUCCUAAAGGAAACGUUAGCUAAGAUUUGAGGGAAGUUCCUGUCCAACCCGGUGUAACCUCAGAUAUACGGACUUUACGGGGAAAAUGGUCAAAGCGAGAUUGAGGCAUGCGCUGCCAUAGCCACUUGCAGCACUGCACACUACUAGUAAAAGUGGUAACUAGGGGAGCAUGACUAACUAGUUGUGUGGAAAAUUAUGGGAUGGAUUGCCAUGGCAACAGACCAGACGUCACAAUCUGGGCAUGUGUGUUCCAUUUUUGUCUCUUUCUUAUUUUCAGACUGGAGGAUUUGGAUAGAGAACAGGGAGAAAGCAAAGGGUUUUUGUCGCUCUUUUAAAAUGAGGACAGCCAUCUUUUUGUACAUUAAAAAAUAACCUCACCCUAACCGGACGUGUCAUUUUUUUUCUCCCGGUAGACAUUUAGAGCACACAGUGGUAUUCUGAGGGUUAAGUUUCAGUACUUCAUUCUUGGCGUGAAUGUGAUUUUGUUAUGCAGUAACGAUGCCUGGGUCCCUAAGCAAUGAAGACGAGGGACAAGACGACAUGGAUUUUGAAGACGAAUUACCAGAUGAGGACGAGGAGAGUGCUGCGCGGAGGGUCCCCCUGUCCCCUCUGGACAGGUUCUUCUCGGAUGACGAGUCCCUCAAAGAGCAGAAGAAAGAGAAGAAGAAACCGGCCAAGCUGAAAGAGGGGAAGAUGCCCAAGGUCAAGAAGAAGAAAAAAGAGCAGCCACAGGUGGCCCUGAGCGAGCACGACGACACAUCGGACCGGGACGAGGAGGAGCACCGGCGAGGAGCAGGAGGAGGAGAGCGCUCGGGCAGCGAGAGCAGCACCUACAACGCCUCCCUGAAGAAGAAGAAGAAGCCCAAGGAGAAGAAGGAGAAGAAGACCAAGCGCCGGAAGAGGGAGGAAGAGGAGGAGGAGGAGGAUGACGACGACGGCAAUAUGAAGGAGCCCAAGUCGUCCAGUCAGCUGAUGCAGGAGUGGGGUCUGGAGGACGUGCAGUAUGCCUUCUCCGAGGAGGACUACAAGACCAUCACCAACUACAAAGCCUUCAGCCAGUUCCUCAGGCCGCUCAUCGCCAAGAAGAACCCCAAGAUCCCCAUGUCCAAGAUGAUGACGGUGCUCGGUGCCAAGUGGCGGGAGUUCAGCGCCAACAACCCCUUCAAGGGCACCUCUGCCACCGCUGUGGCGGCCGCUGUAGCCGCCGCCGUAGAAACGGUUACCGUGUCGCCACCCAUCUCCCUCGGCAGCACCGGCGUUCCGCAGGCAUCGCAGCCGGGGCCAAUCAGAAAAGCCAAAACCAAAGAAGGAAAAGGGCCUGGGGUUAGGAAGAGGAGCAAGAGUGUGAAGGAGCCGAAAAAGAAGGGCAAAGGCAAGAAGACCAAAUCAAAGGCAGGCCAAAGUUCCAAGAGGAAAAAAGCAUCAUCCAGCGAAGACGACUUCCUGGACGAGUCGGACUUUGAUGAUGUCAGCAUCCACAGUGCCUCGGUGCUGUCAGACGCGGCGGGGGCUACCAAGAAGAAGACGCCCACCCCGGCGGCCACGCCCCCCUCCGCAACGGCGGCGGCUCGACGAGGACGCAAGAAAAGGAAACGAGAGGACGGUGACGGCUAUGAGACGGACCACCAGGACUACUGUGAGGUGUGCCAGCAGGGCGGGGAGAUCAUCCUGUGCGACACCUGCCCCCGCGCCUACCACCUGGUCUGCCUGGAGCCCGAGCUGGAGAAGGCCCCCGAGGGCAAGUGGAGCUGCCCCCACUGCGAGAAGGAAGGCAUCCAGUGGGAGCCCAAAGAUGAGGAGGAGGAGGAGGAAGAGGAGGAGGAAGAGGAGGCGGAGCCUGCGGGAGAGGAGGAGGACGACCACAUGGAGUUCUGCCGGGUGUGCAAGGACGGCGGCGAGCUGCUGUGCUGCGACACCUGCCCCUCCUCCUACCACAUCCACUGCCUCAACCCGCCGCUGCCCGAGAUACCCAACGGAGAGUGGCUGUGCCCGCGCUGCAUGUGUCCGCCUCUGAAAGGCAAGGUGCAGAAGAUCCUCCACUGGAUGUGGGGGGACCCUCCUCUGCCCCCCGAACAGCCGCCUGGCCCGGACGGAGAGGCGGCCGCCGACCCCCUGGCCAAACCCCCUCUCAAGGGUCGCCCCGAGCGGAUGCUGUUUGUGAAGUGGGCCAACCUCUCCUACUGGCACUGUUCCUGGGUCAGCGAACUGCAGCUGGAGCUUUACCACACGGUGAUGUACCGCAACUACCAGCGUAAGAACGACAUGGACGAGCCGCCGCCAUACGACUACGGCUCGGGGGAGGAGGAGCUGAUGAACGUGGAGAAGAGGAAGAGCAAAGACCCGCAGUACGCCGCCAUGGAGGAGCGCUUCUACCGCUACGGCAUCAAGGCCGAGUGGAUGGUCGUACACCGCAUAGUCAACCACAGGCCGCGCUCCUGA